UUUGUUAAUUUAUUAAAACACAGAUUAAAAGUUAAAACGGUAUCAGAGAUAAAUUCGAGUCCACUUAAUGUAUUUCAAAAAAAGGUGAAAAACAAUUCACAACAAAAUCACUACUAUAAUCUCAUUUUUUUAUCGUGCACUUAGUACAUAAAUUUCAUCAAACACUGUUGCAGCUUUAAACAAAUAAAACGUGCAUACAAAAGCAUAAGAUAAUUAAUUCCUUUUAAUCCCCAACAAAUAGUGAACCGAUAAUAAAAGUUGUUUCGUUCGAUAAAAAUUUAGUGGUCGGACAUUACUCCUUGAAACGGGGAGAAAAAAAGAGUGAACUGAAAACGAGUGUUGAGGAAGUGAUUGUGUUUGUUUACAUAGAAAGGGACAUUUAUAAAUGAUUCCUAAAUUCAAAACUACAAAAAAAUGACCAUUUUAGCACAAUUUUAUUUUAAAACUAUCCUUGUUUUUGUUAUAAUCCUUAAAUUCUCCCGUUUAAUAGUGUCAACAUCUGUACCAGAAGAUUGGCCCCAUAUUUCUAUCUUAGACGACCGUUACAACAUUGCGAUAAACGCUUUUAUAAAUUUAACACAACUGGUUGAUGACAAUAAAUGGGUACAAAUUGGAGGAGUUGAAGAGCAUGGACGUUUUGGUACAGGACAUGUGGGCCCCACAUUCGGUCAACUGGUCCAUAUUAAAUCAGCUGAAGACAAUAAAGAUCACACAGCUUGCACCUUACCACUACUAAACUCAAACAGUUUUUAUGGGGCGUUUCCCAACAAACCAUGGAUUGCACUUAUUAGCCGAGGAGGAUGCAAUUUUGAUAAGAAAAUAGUGAAUGCUUAUGAAAUUGGCGCCCGUGGAGUUAUUAUUUACAAUAAUGUGGAAAAGGAAGUUUUAGAAGUGAUGAGUCUUAGUCAUAAUAAAAAUAUAAGUGCAAUCUUCACUUUCAAGUGGAAAGGUGAACAAAUGGCCAGUUAUUUAGAAAAUAACUCACAAGUUUACGUUCAUAUCACAGUGGGGAGCACACAACCUUUAAGAAACGGCGCCAUCAAUCGCACUUCCGUCCUCUUCGUUUCGACGACUUUUAUCGUACUUAUGAUCAUCUCUUUGGCCUGGCUCAUCUUUUAUUACGUCCAACGUUUCAGACAUAUCCACGCCAAAGAUAAAUUGUCCAAGCGUUUAUCGAGCGCAGCUAAAAAAGCUUUAUCCAAAAUCCCCACAAAGACCAUUAAAUGCGAAGAUAAAGAAGUAAAGGAAGGAGAAUGUUGUGCCGUUUGUAUCGAGCCAUAUAAAAGCUGUGAAAUUUUACGAAUACUUCCAUGUUCUCACGAAUUUCAUAAAGGAUGUAUCGAUCCAUGGCUUUUGGAACAUCGAACAUGCCCGAUGUGCAAAAUGGAUAUUUUGAAGCGCUACGGAUUUGUGUUUUCCGGUAGUCAAGAAAGCAUAUUACAAAUAGACCCAGAUGAUAUUGCUUCUUUGGACGCCCCAGAGGAAUCAGUCCGACAUGGAUCAACAACGAAUGGUGUUAGUCCUUUGCCUCAAAUUCGAGCCGAAAUCCAAUUUUCAUAUGAUAGUUCAAACGAUGAAAAUUGCAGUCGAGCUUCGACACCAAAUGAACUGACGCCAAGUUUAGGACAAUCCGGUCCAAAAUAUACUCCAGUGCCAUCGCAAUUCUGUCUUAAUUGUCGUGGAGCGACAACAACUAAUGUUCUAGUCAAUAAUAAGGAUAUUGAAAUAGAUAUGGAAGAAGGAAGUUCAAAUAUUACUAAGGAAAUUAUUAAGGAAAACGUUGACAAUCAGUAGUUUAUGGAGUAUUUUUUUUUUAAGUUAAAAGAGUUUUUAAGUGCUCAGAAACUGCCACAAAUUUCCCGUUUUUGUGAUAUAUAAAAAAAGAACAAUACGUGAAUGAUAACUUUUUUGUGAUAUGCUCGAGAGAAUUAACGUUAAUUAAUUGUGAAAAUGUCCGUAUGGUGCUUAAUCUUUUUUUAGUUUUUAAGACGUAAGCAAUAAUUUUUAAUGUUUUUCUUAAAUUUUAGGUGUUAUUUUUUAAGUACAAUCCCUUCCAAAAAAUAUUAUACGUACAUUACUUAAUUAACUAUUUAAAAACAAUUAACGCUUAAUUAGAUUGACUCUCAAAACGA